AUGUCCCAACCCCUUGAGGUCUACCUCAUCUGGCACGGCACGUGGCCGUUGUCGCAGAAAACUCCCGUGCAGAAGUUUGUCGAUUCCAUUUCCGACACCACGCUCGCCAACAAGCCCGGCAGCGUCAGCGACUGGUGGAACAUUAACCGCCUCUACAAGGCCGGCGCCACCUACGUCACGCCCACCGUCUCCCGCAGCAACACGGAGAUCAACAUCUUAGCCGCGUCAUCAGCCUCGGGCCAGAAACCCCUGAAGAAAGCUGAGCUGUUGGCUCUUAUCAACUUCCAAAUUCUGUCGGGAUCGCUGCCGCGAAUCAGCAGCGCCGUCUACGUCAUCCUCACUUCGGCUGAGGUGGAUGUCGACGGAUUUGGCAGCGACUUCUGUGCGUUCCACGAUUACAGCGGGAGCAUCAAGUGGAUGUGGUACCUGUCGAGGUGCGCGCAUCAAGCGGCGGCAGGCCUCGAGUACCCCAACGGCGACAGAAUUCUUGACGGGCUGAUUUCCAACUUCGCCCACGUGCUUUCGGAGACGGUGGUUAACCCUAACCUCAACAGCUGGUCGGACGAUAACGGAAACGAAAACAUGGAUCUGUGCCAGGACAUCUGGGGCACCGAAUACCUCACUGAUGACAGCCCCGCUGUACAGUACAACGCUGUGGGUGUAGACGACUACAAAUUCUUCCUGCCUACGAACCUCAAUCCCACCACCGGGUUUUGCAUGAACGGGCUGUCUGUGCUCCCUGGUGUGUGCGGGAAGGAGCUUUUCAACUACCCGUGCGACGCUGGUGGCCUGUAG